UGUUUUUUUGUUUUAUAUUAGUAUUUGUGUUUAUUAUACCUAGUACUUAUAGCUGGGUACAUGUUCAAAUCUUUUGACUUUCACAGUGACUAUAACGUAAAGACAAAUGUAAUAUUUUUUUCAUAUUUUUUCACACUUAGAUUUUAAACUGUGUACAUUUUAUUUACUUGUGUUUAUCUGUAAUUUGGCAAGGUUGCCAGGCAUGUACCAGGUGAUACUUAUUUGCGCUGUUACCAAUUAGCUUUGUUGUAUAAGUUUUCCCUGGAUCCGGUCCUGUGGCAUCGCCCGUGCAUGCGAAAAUGAGUGCCAGAUAUUAAAAAUACAGCCGCCGUCCUCGACCACCAUCUCUUUUUAACAGUCGAUGAAAAUGAGGACGGCAGAUUUCAUGAAAAUUAUCUAAUAACUUUCAGUUUAUUUUCAGUUGUGGAUAAGUCGGCUUUUUAAAAGACAACCAUUAAUCUCGUGGGUGUGUUUUAUUGCUGCAUUCACUCCAAAUAAUUUAUUUUCGGUGCGCACCGAGUACUUAUUUUUCUGUAAAUAAAUCGGGAGCGUUGAAUUUUAAACGCAAAAAUGGGCGGAGCUACAGGCCGUUAGCUUCUUAUUGUUAAUAAAAGGAAAAUAAUUGCUGUGCAAUGAAUAUGUAAAUAGGGAAUAUUUGUUUUACUUUCUACAAGAAAUCCGAGCAAACACAUUUUUAUCACUGCAAAUAGAAGGGUUUUUAUAAGACUUUUUUUGCUGCUGAAUCGAGUAGGCUUGGCGCAGUGCCGCGUCUUGGGUUCUUCAACUGUCCGCUAUGAGGUUAAUAGUGUAUGGACCAUUCCUAAUCAUCUGCUUUGUCUUAAUCCAAACGUCAUUAGCAGAAAGUAAAAAUUAUAAGAGAUUAAGGGACAAUGAAGAUAACAGCGUAGAACGCUCGUCAAAAUAUAUGAAAGAAAAGAGUUCCAAAUCCAAACAUAGAACAGCCGUUGAUGACGACGGCGAAGAAAAUUACAAAAUAGAUAAACACCGUAACAGAAAACUAUGGGAGCAGGACCAUGAUUUCACAACAGAAAACAAAUAUUCGAAGUAUACACAAAAAGCGAAUAGAUUUGAUGAUCACGAAGACGAGCCGCAGUAUUCCACAACGAAGAAAAAGAGUUAUGAUGGUAGAAAAGGCAAAGAUUCGGAAGGAAGUGGAAAAACGCAAUUCAGGAAAGAUAAUAGGGAAGAGAAGAAACAUUCGAAACUUGAAAAGGAACAUUCGGCAGAAAAAACUAAGAACAAACAUACCUGGAAUGCCAAAAACGAUGACAACGAUGAGGAUAGUGAAGAAGAAACUGUAAAAUUCGAAGAGAAAAUCGUGAGAAAAACAAAAAAGGUCAUUGACGACUUUGGGGAAUCUGAGGAAGAAGUCCCUAAAAAAAAAUUUAGGAAGAAGAUCCGAGUUCGGGUUCCUGAUUCCCCAGAAGAUGAAUCUGAUGAAUCAGAUGAGGAUGAUAGUGAUCGCCGUCGUACGUGCGAAAGGAAAUUCAAAAGAGGUAAAGACCAGAAAAGCUGCCUAGCCCAAGAAAGUGUAAAUGGAGAUGAAUCAGAAGAUGGUCCGGUUCGUCCAAAGAAGAUCAAGUACAGUAUUAAGUUUGCUCACGAGAAAGAGAGGAGUGUUCCCAGUGAAGAUGACAAUAUUAUGUUAAAAAUUCAUAGGGGAGAGAAGAAGAAGUAUAAAUACCAAGACGAUGACGACGAUGAUUCUAGCGAAGAGAACACGUUUCCAAAGCGAGUUCGAUAUCUAGAUGAUGAUGAAGAGUAGAGCGGAUCUUUCUGUAAAAUUAGUUUGUUUUUAAUAUUCUAUUGCCUAUUCCAUAUUUGUUAAUUCUUGUCAAAUGUUAAGAACCCUUUUAUUAAAUAAAUUGUUUAAAAAAU